GGAUGGUGUAGGAGCAGAAAGGAGGGGGUAGAGCGGGAUUGGUGAGACAGGGGGUGAAAAGACACCUCAAAACCUCCCAGAUGCUAAACGGAGUCCUGCCAAGUCGCCGGCCACAAUCUCCAGCGGUAGCGGUGGGCCACGGGAGCGGCACAGGCGGAGAAAGUGAAGCCUCUCUUGUCUGUGAGCCUCGCCCCGGUGACAUCUCUUCCCACUCGGGGCCUGUGUGACGGACUGCUCGGUGGCCCUUGUCCUCUAGCGGCUUCUGCUUGUGGCUACGCUGCUGUACGCUUGUUCCCUCGGCCCUUGCUCUUUUGUUUUUGAUUACAUGUUUGCACUUUAUUUAGAGAAUGGACACCGUUAUUUGAACCCUUUACUGCCCCCCAGUAGGAACCAUAAGCUAUCUGUAUAUAAUGAACCAAGCGUGCUGCUGUGGGGGUUUGCAGCGGUGAGGGAGACUGGAAUAAGCACUUCUAUCCCAAAUAAGGAUUGGGGAAAUAACACUCCAGCCAGUAGAUCCGGCCCGCACCUAGAGCCUGCCCUCUUCCUCUCUGACUAAUAGGGUGCCUGCAAGAGGGGGAUCAUGUCCACACGAACCCCACUACCCACGGUGAAUGAACGGGACACAGAGAAUCACACUUCUCAUGGAGAUGGACGGCAAGAUGUACUCUCCCGCUCUGGGCGUCAGGGAGCUCGCUCUAGAAAUUCAAUUGCAUCAUGUGCAGAUGAACAACCACAUAUUGGGAAUUAUCGACUUCUUAAAACAAUAGGCAAAGGAAAUUUUGCUAAAGUUAAACUUGCCCGGCACAUCCUCACUGGUAGAGAGGUGGCAAUAAAGAUAAUUGAUAAAACUCAGUUAAACCCCACAAGUCUACAAAAGCUUUUCAGGGAGGUAAGAAUAAUGAAGAUUUUGAAUCAUCCAAAUAUAGUUAAAUUAUUUGAAGUAAUUGAAACAGAAAAAACACUCUAUUUGGUGAUGGAGUAUGCAAGUGGAGGUGAAGUUUUUGACUACUUGGUUGCACAUGGAAGAAUGAAGGAAAAAGAAGCAAGAGCUAAAUUUCGCCAGAUAGUGUCUGCUGUGCAGUAUUGUCACCAAAAACAUAUUGUUCACAGAGAUCUCAAGGCAGAAAAUCUUCUACUGGAUGCAGAUAUGAACAUUAAAAUAGCUGAUUUUGGCUUUAGCAAUGAAUUUACUGUUGGCAACAAACUGGACACUUUUUGUGGUAGCCCUCCAUAUGCUGCUCCAGAACUCUUCCAAGGAAAGAAAUAUGAUGGUCCUGAAGUAGAUGUUUGGAGUCUUGGUGUUAUUCUUUAUACCCUAGUAAGUGGAUCUUUACCCUUCGAUGGACAAAAUUUAAAGGAAUUAAGGGAACGAGUAUUAAGGGGGAAAUACAGAAUUCCUUUUUACAUGUCAACAGACUGUGAAAACCUUCUCAAGCGCUUCCUAGUUCUGAACCCAAGCAAAAGAGGCACUCUAGAGCAAAUAAUGAAGGACAGAUGGAUCAAUGCAGGACAUGAAGAGGAUGAACUGAAACCAUUUGUGGAGCCUGAACUAGAUAUUUCAGAUCAGAAGAGAAUUGACAUCAUGGUAGGAAUGGGAUAUUCUAGAGAAGAGAUCCAAGAAUCCCUUAGCAAGAUGAAAUAUGAUGAAAUCACCGCAACGUAUUUGCUUCUUGGGCGGAAAUCAUCAGAGCUGGAUGCAAGUGAUUCAAGUUCUAGCAGUAACCUGUCACUUGCAAAAGUCAGGCCGAACAGUGAUUUAAACAACAGCAGUGGACAAUCCCCUCAUCACAAAGGACGCAGUAUCUCAUCCAGCCAAAAACAGAGACGGUACAGUGACCAUGCUGGUCCUGCAGUUCCUUCCGUUACCGCCUACCCAAAACGAAGUCAAACUAGUACAACGGACAAUGAUCUCAAAGACGAAGUUGGGCAGUCUAGAAAAUCAAGCAGCACUGGAAGAGGAGUGACGCCACCUAGUCCCAUGCUUGGAAAUGCCAGUAAUCCAAAUAAGGCAGAUAUCCCAGAGCGAAAAAAGAGUUCUGUUGUUCCCACUAGUAAUUCCACAUCCAGUGGCAUGACACGUCGGAAUACCUAUGUUUGCAGCGAGCGAGCUCCUACAGACCGCCAUUCAGUCAUUCAGAAUGGCAAAGAAAACAGCCUGACAGGAAUUUUCACUUAUGCAACUAGUCCUGCAUCAGUUUGUGCCAUAUCUUCCAUCUUUGCCCGGCUGCGGCAUCCGAAGUCGAUGUCCAUGUCAGCCUCCAGGCACUCCGAGAUGUUACCACCAAUAGCCAGUGAAGGGGAUAACUUCGGGCCUGCCACAAUUCCAGAUCAAAGGACUUCAGUGGCAUCAACUCACAGCAUAACAAGCACCACUACCCCAGACCGCAUGCGUUUCCCAAGAGGAACAGCCAGCCGCAGCACUUUUCAUGGGCAGCUCAGAGAGCGGCGCACAGCUACUUAUAAUGGACCACCUGCUUCCCCCAGUUUAUCCCAUGAAGCAACACCUCUGUCACAGACUCGAAGUAGAGGUUCCACUAAUCUUUUUAGUAAAUUAACUUCAAAAUUAACUAGAAGGCUCCCGACUGAAUCUGAACGAAAUGGGAGAUAUGAGGGCUCAAGUCGUAAUGUGUCAGGGGACCAGAAAGAUGAAAACAAAGAAUCCAAGCCGCGAUCGCUGCGUUUUACUUGGAGCAUGAAAACCACCAGUUCCAUGGAUCCCAACGACAUGAUGCGCGAGAUCCGCAAGGUUUUGGACGCCAACAAUUGUGACUAUGAGCAGCGGGAACGGUUCUUACUUUUCUGCGUCCACGGGGACGGUCAUGCGGAAAACCUUGUGCAGUGGGAGAUGGAAGUGUGCAAACUGCCAAGACUCUCCCUAAAUGGCGUUCGCUUUAAGCGAAUAUCUGGGACAUCCAUAGCUUUCAAAAACAUUGCUUCCAAAAUUGCCAACGAGUUAAAGCUGUAAUAUAACGGGCUGGGGGUGGGGAAUAAACAAACUGUAAAUGACCGUAGCAAUUCAAGUGUUUUCCAAGAACACUGGUUUAUGUAUAGAAUUAUUAGGCAAUAAUUCCUGCAUCUCCUGAAUUAUGAUAUUACCAAGGAAAUGGAACAAGCUGCUGGAAUGGGAGUAAGAGUUGGACUUUUUUUAUAUAUAUAUAUAUAUAAGUGCACUACAGCAUUAAAGUUGCCUACCAUGUAAAUUAUUUAGUUCUGCUCUUUCUGUGCUUUGUUCAUGGCAACGAUAUGUUAUUCACCUAAUAUAUUUCCAUUUUGAAAUACAUCCUGGGUGCGUGUGCAGGUAUGGAUGUUGGUUUGCGAUGAUCACAUAGUAUUAUGUAUAAAAACGGCUGUCUAAGACAUUGUGUAACUCAGACCCCCACUUUUUGUUUAACUCCUGCUUACCAUGUUUUCAAUUGAAAUCGAAACAGUUUUUGUUUUUUUGUAAUACCCCCCCUCACUCUCCAAGUGACAAAACCUGAUUAAUUGUAAGUGCAUUACAGUCCGCACAGUCUGCUCCAGCUUAGUAUAUUCAUGUCGUUCCGGACAAGUGGCAAAAGAUGGAUGUACUGUUGGUAGGACUGAGCUGGCCAGCCAUUAAAAUGUGUCCCUGCUAUAGAAACCUAAA